AUCAGGAAGUGUAAUGUGUGAACGCGGUGUUAUUUUCGCUAGUGCUAGCUAGUUAGCCAAGAAGAAAUGCGGUUUCAAAUGUUAACAGUGCCUACCCUUAACUUGCCUUAGUGUGGGAUUUGCGGCCCCGGGGCCAUGGCACUCAUUGAGGGGGUGGGGGAUGAGGUCACCCUGCUCUUUGGAGCUGUCCUCCUGCUGCUAGUACUGGUGCUGGCCUGGGCCUCAACCCACACUACCGAGCCCCCCGAGCACCUCUUCAACAUACCCCCUUCCUCUGCCUCUGCUGCUAUAGCUGCUUCUAUCCAUCUCCAACGGAAUGCCCCCUCGCCAGAUCAACACUCUGCCCCCAGAAAUGUAACUGAUGGUGAUGGCCUGGAGCCGCCACCAACCGCCACAACUUUGGACACUUUGGACACUUUGGCUCCUCCUCUAGGGGAAGAGGGGAAGGAAGAGCCGCAAGGAGAGGCGUGUAGCCAAGAGGACGAGGAGAGGACCCCCGUGGGAGAAGUAGGGGCUGAAGGUUCAGAAGACACGGGAAACCCUAACGAAGGUGAUGGAGCUGGUUUUGGGAGAGACGGAUUGAGACACAGAGAGGGGGCUGGAGGGACCCAGACCGGUGCUGGACCCUCCCCUGCCACCUCCUCUUCCUCCUCCUCCCCUUUGCUAGACAGUACCUCAAGUGCCAACCCCUUACCUGACGGUGAGCCAGCCAAUGGCAUGGAGAGAAACAUGGUUCUACGCCUGAAGUUCCUCAAUGACACAGAGAGGACUGCCCAGGUCAAUCCAGAGGAUACAAUUGGCUACAUCAAAAGAACCUACUUUACUGGCCAGGAGCACCAGGUGCGCUUGAUUUACCAGGGUCAACUUUUGCAGGACGACAGCCAAACUUUGGCCUCCCUCAACCUGGCUGACAACUGUGUUCUGCACUGCCACAUCUCGCAGCAUGCCACCAGGGCAGCACCAGCAGGCGCCAGGGCGGCAGACCAGGUCCACGUUGCACUCAACGUGGGCAGCCUAAUGUUGCCGCUCUUCGUGCUCAUGCUCUCCGUACUCUGGUACUUCCAGAUCCAGUACCGGCAGUUCUUCACUGCACCUGCUACCGCCUCGCUAGUGGGGAUCACCAUCUUUUUUAGCUUUGUGGCAUUUGGAGUGUACCGUCGUUGAGAGUAGCCAUUUUGGUUCGGCUGCACUCUGGACCGCUAGAGUUUAGGCUUAAAUCAUGAAGAAACGGUUAGAAGGGGUUCCUCCUAGUGAGAUGUCUUGUGUGCUUUAUCUCGAAGAAAUGGAUCGGCGAAAGUAGCAGUAAGAGAUCUGCCAAAGUGCUGUCAAUCUCCUUUAUUCUAGAUUCAGUGCACAUGAAGAGGGGAAGCCACUUGAACUAUUCAGAUGCACCCUUUAGCCUUUCUCCUUCUCCCUUCCCAUAGACGCAAACCCCAACUUUUUGAUCACUUGAAGCUCAAGUCCACCUCUUGAUGUCCGUUACAGUGGGAAGGAGGUGUCAGAAAUUGUCAUCAUUUGCCGUUAAAGAAGCAUACAGAUUUUGGUCUUACUUUUGACUAAUUUACUAAUCAUUCAUCAGAUUCACAAAAAACGGUGUCACACAGAUGGAUAUGUGCUAUGAUAGAUUAUUUUUGCUCUAAGUCUUUUAAUGUAUAGAGAUACUCAUUGUGCCUAUCCUUUUUUGUCAUGUGUUCUUUAGACAAGGGUCUGUUUACGGCGGGGUUACCCUGUGUACUUAGAUGGGACUUUGACUAGGCCAGACCCCAGAUUGUCUGUCUGUUGGUCUGAGUAUGUCUGCAGCACCGGAGGUUGAUCUGCUGUUGUGAUGUAUGUAUAUUGGGACUUAAAGCAUCAUUGUGUAAAAUAUAGCUUUUGAAGGAGAAAAAAAUAUAUUAAAUAAUUCUUCUAUUUA